AUGAACACGCGGCGCCUUCUUUAUAAAGACAAUUCCUCCCAAAUCUCCGAAAACAGAUCACCAUCUUCUGGAACAAUUCAUGGAUAUCUCCGACAGGAGGCCCGUGUGUACGAAACUGAUGAUGGAGCGGAUCCAGCACUGCUUACUCCUUGUUGGAUCGCUAAGGUUCGUCUCCAGUUGAUUGAGUUGUUGAAGGUUUGCCUCCAGUUCCUUGAUCUGGAGGAGAGUUGUCACCUUGAUGCUGAUUCGGUCCGUCAGCUGCGCUGUGGCACCGUCGCCAUUGUAGCCCUCACAAGAUCAAUGUACAACGGAAACUGUGCUAUAGCAAAAAAACUCACCGGCAGGCAAGUCACUCCAUACACCGGAAUAGCUGCGUACUUGAGUUCAUCACUAAGCACAAAGAAAUGCCCCGCGCAAAAACAUACCAAUAUGGCAGCUAUGGACACAAACAACGAUGUUAAGCCAAUUAAAACCUUGUUUGGCAGAUCUUUUCUAAAAUCCUUGGGUUGGUACCUAGAAGUUAGUAUUGCAAGAAACAUGACCACGGAAGUGACCGAGAAGCAGAGAGCCACGAGAGAUGAGAUAGCAAAUACUUUGAAUUCAGGCCGGUUUUUGAGGACUGGAGAGCCACUGUCCUCCUUGUUUCCACCAGGGACGGCAGCUGAUGUAGCGAAGGCGACAGUGGCAAUGAGCGCUGCCACCACAGAGCAGGAUUCAGAGGUGCUUGCUAGCCACUCGCCUCCACUUUUAACAAGUUCUUGGUGCGAGAUAGUGAAUAUUUCCUUUGAGGUACGGCCUUCAGAAUUGUGGCGAGGAAAGAAGUUGCCCGGCAUGGAAUACUUAACAUACUACAAGAUGCAAAUUAAUUAG